AUGAAGGGCCAAUUCACUGGGCCCUGCGAUUGGGAGGCCAUCGCAGCGGUGCGGAAGCGAGUGAACAUUCCCCUGAUCGCGAACGGCGGGAUCCAAACGUUUCAAGACGUGGAGCGUUGCCUGGCAGCCACGGGCGCCAAUGCAGUGAUGUCAUCUGAAGCUCUACUUGAAUACCCCGCCCUCUUCUCCAAUGACACCAGGUGCAUCUACCAAGAUGAGCUCGCCUUGGAGUACUUGGAGCUGGCGAAGUUGUACCAAACGCCGCACAAGCAGAUCAAGGCGCACAUGUUCCACUUCCUCUAUGCAGGUCUACAGCUUCACACCGACUUGCGCUCGCGCUUCGGCGAGGCCAAAGGUUGGGAGCAAAUCAAUGACACCGCCUUGGCCUUCCAAGAGCGGAGGCGGCGAGAUCGUGAGACAGGUGUGGCCUGGCCUGACAAAGGUUGGUACCUGUGCCGGGCUUGGAUCAUCAAGCGCUAUCGGGAGGUGGGGACUGCGUCGAUGCGCCGGCGGCGUGAGCGAUGUGCCGGUGAGGAGGUCGUGGACGUUGUGGAUGUCGGUGAGGAGCAGCCGGAGCGCGUCACGCGCUACCUCGCAUACUUGCAUGUCGAAGAGAGUCUUGUUCGCCUGCUCAUGCUGACUGAGGCUGCGCGUGGCACGAUCGGCCCAGGCAAUGCAGGACCAGAACAUCAAGGCACUGCGCCCCUGAGAGCUGCUGCUGCACCCGCGGCUGGGCCUGCCUGCUGCGACAGACAUGCUGGCAGCCGCGCUGAUGAGCGCAUGGAAGGCCAGGGCGUCCGAUCUGAACUCGCGGAACGUCUCGAAGGCUGCUGGCAUCACAAAAGGAGCAAUGGGAGGCUACAGUGGGACAUUCUAUCUGACAAGGACGUUGACAUUGAGACAGAGGCAGCAUGUGAAGAGGAGGAGGAGGACGCCUGGAAGGUCGAUCAAGCUGGAGGAGGAGGGAUUUGGUCAGCAGGGUUUAGCCUGCUUGGUGCUGAUAAAGCUCCAGGGUUUACCUGUGAGGGGUUCUUGCUGAUGGAGAAUGAGGACACCUUUGAUGGUCUGUUGGAGACGAUUGAGAAGCGCAAGGACUCUGUGCUCUUGCGUGUCAUUUUCAAUGAAGGUCUGCAGAAAAGUAGCCUGAUCACUUCCUUGCAAAGUGCAAACAGUUCCCUACAGACUCGCUUCCAGAAGGGCUUGAAGCUGGCAGCUCUCUGUGAGAGAGCAAGGGACUCAUCUCCAGCUGAGUGCAUCGCUUGCAUUCAGGAGGCCUUGGCCUUGAACAUUACCAUUGAAGAUAAGGGCUGCAUGACCGGGCCGCAUGAUUUUACAUGUUUUGUUCAAUGUUAG